AAAUCGCAUCAUUCGUAUUCGUAUAGCAACCGCAUCGUUCGUACUCGAACAAACCGCAUCGUACGACAGAUGCGAGUAACGAACAGAUGCGAGUAACGAAAUGAAUUUGUGAGUACCGAAUCGGUACUUCGAGUCAACCGAUGUACCCGUUACUCAGUAACGAAUACAUGCGGUUUGCUCCAGCUCUAGUAACUAUUUAUUUUGUUUAUGUUGAAGAUGGCGGCGUUAUUGAAAAAGCGUGCAUUGGCUGAAUUUAGUAUGGUUUUACAGGAAAAACCAACCAAGCGUCUCCGUAUUAUAAAGAAGGUGCCAAGUGUUACGGAACUUGAUAUAGAUGUCUUGAAAAGUUCAUCUUCUGGAGAAGCACUUUUGUUUCUUCUUCAAGUUGAGGAAGCAAUUAAAGGAGAGGUAGAUGCUCUUCAUUUGUAUAACACACUGCUUGAUCAUUUCCAAAAGGAACGAGAACCUGCAGUCAGAGUCAAGUUGGUUAAUAUUCUUUCUCAGAUGGUUCAAGGAAAUUUAAUAGAAGCUUCAACUCUUUUUGAGGAUUUGCAACCUUUAUUGAAAGCUGAAACUUCCCAUAAAGUGAUUGCUGUCUUUCUUGCCACUUUUCAUCGUAUCAAAAACGUCGACAAGGAUGAUAAACUUCAUCUUCACAUUUUUAGUUUAGCCAAGAAAUAUCUCUCUAAUCGGAGUCAUGAAGUAAAAUGCGCUGCACUUGCUGUGAUAGGAGAUUUUAUUGCCUUGGAUGACAAAUCUGAAACAUUUCAAAAGACACUUCAUUUGCUUGCUGAUUUCAGCCAUGAUCAUGAACCCAGAGUUCGCACUGAGGCACUGAAUGCGUUGUUCCGUCUACAUGACCGUGGUCUAAAAUUGGAUUCUACUUUAUAUGAAGUGGUAUGUGAAGCUCUUACAGAUGAUUAUGAAUGUGUAAGGAUGGCAGCACUGAAGUUGAUAGAUGUCAUAAGUCAUUUACAUUCUGAAAAGUUAGUGUCUGUCAGUCCUGAAGAACAGAUCAGGCUUGCAGAUGAUGCUUUUGCUAGAAUUUGUAAAAUGAUUACUGAUCCAUCUACAAAUGUUCGUGUGCUUGCAGCAUCACUUUUGGUAAGUUUAUUUAAAAUAUUGUUUUAA